ACGCCCUGAACAGACUGGGUGUGACUUCACACGUGAAGCUUCAGUCGCCAUUAUCUCUGCCUCGUCCGUGAGAGAAACCUGGUCGGAGCUGUGACACCAGACCCAGCAUAACCAUGCCAUUGCCCAGAGUCUUCUUCGAUAUAACAGCUGAUGGAGAGAACCUGGGCCGGAUUGUGAUGGAGCUCCGCUCUGAUGUCGUACCAAAGACGGCUGAGAACUUCCGAGCUCUGUGCACUGGAGAAAAAGGCUUCGGGUACAAGGGGUCCACCUUCCACCGUGUCAUUCCAGGCUUCAUGUGCCAGGGCGGAGACUUCACUGAGCACAACGGGACCGGAGGGAGGUCCAUCUACGGAAACAAGUUCCGAGAUGAGAACUUCACUCUGAAGCACACUGUACCUGGGAUCCUGUCCAUGGCCAACGCUGGACCGAACACCAACGGGUCCCAGUUCUUCAUCUGCACGGUCAAAACUGAUUGGUUGGACGGGAAACACGUGGUUUUCGGGACCGUGGUUCAAGGUAUGGAGGUGGUGGAUAAAGUGGAAUCAUACGGCAGCAAGAACGGAAAAACAUCCAAAAAGAUCACCAUCUUCAACUGUGGCGAGUGCUAACGAUGAGUCGCUGACUUGUCCUGCGUGUUUUCGCUGUCCACUCCUUUUUCUCUUCACCUUAAUUCAGUGUUUCCCAACCCACUGGUUUAAAAACACACAGCUGAAUGUGUGACGUUGAAGUUUAUUUUUAAUUUGUUUUUACAGACAGGUUUUUUUUUUGUUUGUUUUCGUAAAGACAAAUAAGAAAAUAAAAUGGAAAUGGUUCCCUGAAAACUAAAAUCUGUGCUGUUUGUUUUUUUUUUUUAAUCCAUGAAUAAAUUCUCGGGACGAUCUGUACAAACAGGUUUAGAACCUCAUUGACACCCUGAAAUUAAAAUAAUUGAAGAUGAAAA